AUGGCCCCUCCCACGACCUCGUCUGACGGCAUCGUCACCAUGUCUCUGUCAGACGAAGACGACCAGGAGGGCACCUCACCAGCAACUGAAUUACCGUUGGAUCAAUCGGAGCACUCGACCUUCGACACCCUGGGUCUGCGUGCCGAACGCAUCGCUCGCCGCUCAACGAUUGCACCCCGCGCUCUGGACAAAGGUGGCAUCGCCGGCGUCGUUGUCGGCGUAUGCGUUGCUGUUUCGCUUGUCUGCCUCUGCUUCUGGCCUUUUAUUAUUCGGCGCAUCAAGGCCAAGAAACAGCAGCACCAGGCCAACCUUGCGACUUCGGAUGCUGAAGCGAACCACGCCCCCGUGACUGAGACUGAGACCGCUGCUGGCCAAGAACCACACGCACAUAGGCCGGCCACCCAACACUCUUCAAGAGACUCAUUAUCGCACAAGGAAGACCCCUUUGGCGGUCCUGGUCGACAGUCCAGCAAGGAGCUGGACCUGAAUGCAGACAAUGGUCCGGAGCACCAAAGUCGCGAUGGAGCCUCUACGCUGCAUCAACGCGGGCCUUCAGACCAUCUGGUCGUCGAACGAAACCAAGUUAUCGACAGGCGUCACUCGGGCACGUCGUUUGGCCAGAAUCCGACGUGGAACUCCCAAGGGCAUAUGCCCAUCACUCCUGGCGGCAUUGAGCUCAUCACUACUCGGGCCGACGGCAUGGAGUACAGUGAUGUUAUCAACGGACAGAGUGCUAGCUACUACAGCCCGACGGAGCCCACUGAGAACUUUGGCAUGGUGACACCGCCGCAAGCCGAUGAAGCGCAGUUCCCGGUGCCGGCGAGGUCCAACUCUCGGACAAGCUCGUUCAAGUAUAACCUCAUGUCCAUGGUGCGCCGGUUAAGCUCGAAAGAUGCCGCCAAGACGCAGACGCCUUCGCCCACGAUGGACUCUUUUGCGGCCGCUCCAUCCAGAACUAUGGGGCCCCCAAUUCACCCGCCUCACGGCAUCAUAUCGCAGGACCUCUCUGAAUCACCAGUUACUCAUACGCCACCACAGUUCCGUGACUUCAACUACCCGUUAGGCCAGGCUCCUACUCCGACUCCGGCUCCAGCCCCAGAUUCCUCAGUUGUGCUUCCUGCAAGCCCAGUAUCUACUACGGGCGCCGAGGGUCCACCCCUUUCCUGGGAACCCAAGGGAUCACCGACGCCUAAGUAUCCCGACCAAGCCUUUCCGGGCACGGUGAACCCCAUGGAUGUUUGGGGCCCCUCCAACCAAUCAGAGCAUGUAUGGCGAACAAACCAGGAACUCUACUACAUCGAACACCCGGACAUCGUCCCUCCCCAAAAGUCGGACCCGCAGGUUACACAUAUGGAUUGUAAGCAGCCUCAAGCAGACGGUUCAGUCCCGGCCCAGUCGGCACACGGUGAUCAACGAGUGUCGGAAGAGUUGCCGGCGCGCGCAGAGGCUGUUGUCAAGCAGGAAGCUCUCCACGAGGCCCAUCAGUACGCUGCAGCCCUACAGCCUGACGCCAAUCACAACAUCACGGUGCCAGAUGUACCAGCUGCGCAGGACUACACACAUCUCAUGCCAGCUACGCACAACCGAGUUCCGUCCGUGGAUGGAAACCUAACGGAUCCUUCUGAUCACACAACGCCGAUGGCGAGUGGCAUGUCCUCAGGGCCAUCUGUGCAGAACACGCCCAACACGCAUCUGACAGAGAUCACACCAUCACCCCGGUCAGACGGCAUACCAGAUAUCAGGAACAGCUCCUCGCCAUACGCUGGGUCCAGCGGCUCACCACGCUCCCACCACAAGAGGUACCAUGACCGGCCGCACAAGUGCGAGCACAAGGGAUGCGACAAGCAGUUCGGAACCAAGACACACCUGGAUCGUCAUAUCAACGACAAGCAUACCAAAUUGCACAAGUUCCACUGCCUUGACCCGACUUGCUUGUACUCCAAAGUGGGAGGCAAGGGUUUCCCCAGGAAAGACAACUGGCGGCGACACAUGAUCAACAAGCACUCAAUCAACCCGACGGAGGACCCUGAGCCCCAUUUCGUCGACGAGACCAUGACGGGGACUUGA